GUUAAAGAACAAAGCAAACACCCCAGGCCCACCCAACAUCUUGUGAACUCCUUUCCGCUGUGUACAGGAUCGAUCUAGGACGACUAGAUGAGCACUGAGCUUGAGGUGGAGCUUGCAAUAAUGUCUACUGAAGAAGAGACAAUGCUAGGCCAGAAAACAGGUCAAAUCAUGGACUAUGACGAAGCCCCUCCGUCUGGAUUUGGCACCGUGCUCUGUACGUGGACGCUGAUCAUAAUCUCUGGGAUUCUCAUUGUGUUAACGUUUCCCUUUAGUCUCUUUGUCAUGAUCAAAGUGAUCCCUCAAUACGAGCGUGCUAUUAUCUUUCGACUUGGUCGUAUCAAGGGAGGCAAGGAACAAGGUCCUGGUCUCUUCUUCAUCAUACCUUGCAUUGAUAAGGUGGAAAGGGUAGACACUAGGCUGAAGACUUUCGACGUACCCCCUCAGAAAAUAUUGUCCAAGGACAGUGUGACGGUAAAUGUGGAUGCAAUUGUUAUCUUCCGUAUUGUAGACCCAGUUAUAUCUGUGGUUAAAGUGACAAAUGCCGACAGGGCCACUCGUCUCCUCGCUCAGACCACCCUCAGAAACAUCCUAGGCUCUCACAAGCUUUCAGAGCUUCUGGAGAGUCGUGAAUCCAUUCAGCAACAGCUUCGUCAGCAAUUGGACGAGGGCACCGACCCCUGGGGCGUCAAGGUGGAGACUGUAGCAAUCAAGGAUGUACGUAUUCCUAAGGAGUUGCAACGAUCAAUGGCAGCUGAAGCUGAAGCCAACAGAGAAGCCAAGGCUAAGGUGAUUACGGCCACUGGAGAGGUCAAUGCUGCCCGAGCACUGAAGGAAGCUGCUGAGAGCAUUGGCUCUUCUCCAACAGCAAUGCAACUGAGGUACCUGCAGACCUUGAACAUCAUUGCAGCAGAGAGGGGCUCCACCAUCAUCUUUCCUAUACCCAUUGAUAUGAUGGGACCUAUGGCUCACCAGUUGCAGCAGAAAGCUACUGCAUUCCCUCAAGUGCAAGUGGCAGAGGACACAAAGAUUGACUAGUUUUCUCGAUUGACUUAGUAACUAUGCUGAAAAUAGAUGGUCCUUGAAUGAGUGUUCAAUGCUGUGUUAUGUGUGUUUUCAGGAGUAUUCAUGCACUCCUGGUGUUUUUGAUAGCCUGUUCGUGUAAAAACAAUUACUUAGAAAUGUUUCUGUGUCUAUCAUAGCUUAAUGAAUAAUGCUGCCUCUUGA